CGCAAGUUUCAUUCCCCGAUUCCAUCUCCGAUUCUCAUUCCAUCCCGAGUAUCGAACAGAAUUGUUGAAUUCCUCCUUCGCUUCAUUCACUCGUUUUCUUCUUCAUUUCUUUUCUGGAUAUUCCUCUCCUCCAUUCAACGUUCCUUUCUCCUCUCUUUUCCCUUGCUAACUUUUUUCAUAGCUCGCCUGCAAAAUACACAACAAACCAACCUCCAUCUCUCGGGCCUCUCGCCUACAAUGUGAUUCAACGGCGUCUGCUCGAGGGUUCCUUUCCCCAUUUUUUUAUUGUUACCCCUUUUUUUUUUUUUUUUUUUUUUUGUUUUUUGGAAAUUAUCGUUUUUUCUGUUUGUGAUGAUCUUGUGGGCCGACGGAGUUCUAUCAUUCUGUUUUCGUAUAGUCCGAUCGCUCUAUUGAGUAGGGUUACGGUUUUUCCUACGUUUGUGUGUUUUUGUUCAUUUCGUGCUUUGCGCUUCACCUUGUGGCCGUCUGUUCCUAGAGAUUUUUGUGUAUUGGUGGUUAAAGAGAACCCUUGAUGAAAUGUCCGUCCUAUUCAAUCCCCUGCAUUAACUGUUAUAAGUACUAUCUUUUAUUCCUUCAUAAAUAGUAUGAUUACCAGAAAUUUCAAUUCUUGAGAGCGAUACAUUUUAGCAAUCUUAUUUAAAUGCACGAAUUACUUAUUUCUGCUCUUUUAUCUAUCCAUAAUCCAUUUCCAUUAAUAGAUAUAUUCGGUGGCAUAAUCUCAUGUUAACAUAAUCUUGCUGUUUUCAUACUCAUGCUUCAGCGGGACUCUUUCCUGCUUCAACACAGUUGCCAUUGAUAGAAAACCAUGCCACAUCAUCUGUUUAAUGAAAUAUAACACUGGGAUUCGUAGCUCAUUUUCAUUCUCUUCAUACCUGAUUACAUACUUUAUGGACAUGAUUCUGUAGUCAAAAAGGAAUCCAGUAUUGUGUAAUGUCUUUGCAUUUUCAAAGUAUGAUCGCUUAAUGUCAUGGAAAUCCAACAACAUAACAUCUCUUAAGGGUUACUCUCUCUCGCUCUGUGCUGCUUACAGUGUAUUUGACCUUAACCUAGUGGAUUAAAUACUGUACCUUUAUAAGGUGGAGUUAGCUUCCCUUUAAAUAGAGCUCAGCAUUUCACCCAUAUUUUAUGGUUAAAGCCACUGGCAGGGCGACCCAGUGGAGCUUUUUUGGGCUAUUGUAUAAUCUGCUAUAUACAUUAUUCAUGCAACAAGAAUUUGUGUAGAAUGCAAAGCUGCACUGUUUGACCUGAACCAUCAAUGCUGUAAAGUCAUUCUGAUUGUGCACAUUACAGCCACUAUGCUGUUUUCUUUUCCACGCUUUCUUCUUAUUUAGUUCAAGGGCGAUCGUACGGAAAAAAAUUGUAAUUGUAUGAUAGUAAAUUGGUUUCCAUGAAAUUCCAAACAAAAUCAUAUGCUAGAUGUGUGAUUGACUAAUUGUGCACAUUACAGUCGCUCUGCUUUUGUUUCUUUCUAUGCUGGUCAUCUUAUUCACUUCAAGGGUGAUUCAUAUGGAAAAGCUUGGGUAAUCCAAUGUUUGUAAUUCUGUUUCCAGGGGAAGCCAAGGAAAAUCAUAUGCUAGAUACAUGGUUAAGUAACACAGAGUAAUGGCGCGGUCUUUAAAAACUUAUGCAGCAUUCAAAUCUUAUCAAAACCAGGCUGAGGUGCUGGUCAGAAACUAUGUCCUAGGAGGUCCUUAUAUUCAGUAUACUUCUGUUCUUGGUGGCUUAUUGGUUUUUAAGAUGGUGUAUGAUCUUACUCAGCUCAUCGGCAGCUCUUAUUUCCAGAGUUAUAAUGGCCUCCCUAAGAUUAAAAGAAUGGAUUGGAACAAUCGUGGCAUUUCCACUCUCCAUGCUGUUUUCAUUUCAUUCUUCUCCGUAUACUUUGUGUUCUGUUCUGAACUUUUUGCUGAUACGAAUUCUCAUGGGAUAAUUACACUCAGAUAUUCAGCUCUAACAACAUUUGUAUUGGGGACAUCUGUUGGCUACUUCAUUGCAGACCUUGGAAUGAUAUGUUGGCUUUAUCCUUCUUUGGGUGGAGUAGAGUACGUUAUUCAUCACUCUCUUUCGGGAAUUGCAGUGGCAUAUUCCAUUUAUAUGGGGGAGGGACAGCUUUACACAUUCAUGUCCCUGAUAUCUGAGGCGACAACCCCAAUGAUUAACCUGAGAUGGUACCUCGAUGUGGCCGGAUUGAAGAAAUCUAUUGCUUAUUUGAUCAAUGGUGUUUUGAUAUUCGUUGGUUGGUUGGUGGCAAGAAUUCUUCUUUUCGCUUACAUGUCUUACCAUGUCUAUCUUCAUCGUGCUCAGGUGAUGAAGAUGCGGCCAUUUGGUAUUGUUUUGGUGUUGUGUGUACCUGUGGCGCUGGCUGUCAUGAACGUGGUCUGGUUUGGGAAGAUCCUCAAAGGAUUGAAGAAAACGCUAGCCAAAAGGAAAUCAUGAUCGACCCUGUUCUCAUCCACAGGCACAGCUUAAUUUUGUUGUUGUACUGAAGCUUUGUUCACAUUAUAGUGCUCUUGAGGAACUUGCUGUCUAUAUAAAUUAGUUUUGCUGCAAUCUAAUCCACAGAGUGAGUGAAAUGGCACAUACCACAGGUAAGGAAGGGGUAGCCGGGUAGGUGUUGCCUGGUGACAACUGAUGACACUAAUCUCACAAUGAUACC